CCUGAGCGUCUUCCUCCCUUUGCAAAAAAACCAACCCAGGGCUUCCACUUCAGAACUCGCCUAUGGGCUUGGUGUGGUGAGACAGACACGGGGCUUUCAGAGGAAAGCUGAUCCCACCUGGAAGGAGCUGGAGGUCCAAGAAAAGCACACAUUGGAGUGUGGUCAACAGGCAUCAGCACGUGGCAUGCCUGGAUGUCCCUGCCCUGGCUGUGGCAUGGCGGGCCAGAGGCUCCUCUUCUUCACUGCUCUUGUCCUAGAGCUCCUGGGAGGGGCUGGGGGUUCCCAGCAGGCCCUGAGGAGCCGGGGGCCUGCCGCGGCCUGUCGUCUAGACAACAAAGAAAGCGAAUCCUGGGGGGCCCUGCUGAGUGGGGAGAGGCUGGACACCUGGAUCUGCUCCCUCCUGGGCUCACUCAUGGUGGGGCUCAGUGGGGUCUUCCCACUGCUCGUGAUUCCCCUGGAGAUGGGGACUACGCUGCGCUCAGAAGGCCCCGAAUCUCUUUUGUAGCUGGGGCCAGACGUCUGAAACAGCUGCUCAGCUUUGCCUUGGGGGGACUUUUGGGCAAUGUGUUUCUCCACCUGCUGCCUGAGGCGUGGGCCUACACAUGCAGUGCCAGCCCUGUGCUGCCCCCUGCAGGUGGUGAGGGGCAGAGCCUGCAGCAGCAACAGCAACUGGGACUGUGGGUCAUUGCUGGCUUCCUGACCUUUCUGGCAUUGGAGAAGAUGUUCCUGGACAGCAAGGAGAAGGAGGGGACCAGCCAGGCCCCCAGCAAAGACCCUGCCGCUGCUGCCGCGCUCAAUGGAGGCCGCUAUCUGGCCCAGCCGGCUGCAGAGCCCGGCGUGAGCGCCGUGGUCCGGACCAUCAAAGUCAGUGGCUAUCUCAACCUGCUGGCCAACACCAUAGACAACUUCACUCAUGGGCUGGCUGUAGCUGCCAGCUUCCUUGUGAGCAAGAAGAUUGGGCUCCUGACCACCAUGGCCAUCCUCCUGCACGAGAUCCCCCAUGAGGUGGGCGACUUUGCCAUCCUGCUCCGAGCCGGCUUUGACCGAUGGAGCGCAGCCAAGCUGCAGCUCUCGACGGCACUGGGGGGCCUGCUGGGCGCCUGCUUCGCCAUCUGUACGCAGUCCCCCAAGGGAGUAGAGGAGACCGUGGCCUGGAUCCUGCCCUUCACCUCUGGUGGCUUUCUCUAUAUCGCCCUGGUGAACGUGCUGCCGGACCUCUUGGAGGAAGAUGACCCGUGGCGCUCCCUGCAGCAAGUGCUGCUGCUCUGCACAGGCAUCGUGGUGAUGGUGCUGUUCUCGCUUUUCGUGGAUUGACGGUCCCUGAUGCCCCCCACACUGCAAUAAGAGACUCAGAUUCACUCUGUGACCGUGUGUGAGGCAGAGGGCGAGUGCCUGAGAGAGCACACCUCUGACCAGAUGAGAGGAUGGUGUGUGUGCAUGCGUGCGUGUGUGUACACGUACACGUGUGACCAGUUAUGUGUGAGACCGACACUGUGAUCAUGCGCUGGGCCCAGGGCCCGAUGCCCGCGCCGGCCCCCAGCCACGCCGUGGUCUUCUCUCCUGACCACCCUGUCACCCUGCACCUCUCACAGUGAGCAGUGAGGACAAGCAGCACUGGUCCCAGGUGGAGGCCUCUCCCCACAAGACUGCAGGGGGAGAGGCUGCUCCCCAGGGAGCUCAGGGGGCCCAAAGCUGUCUCCUUCUGGGGCCUUGGGGUCCCUGACCUCUGCUCGGGCACCAAGCCCUGGGCAGCCGAGGGGCUGAGGCUGGGGCACCUUCUCUCUGCCGUGUCCAUUGUCCCGGCCCUUCCUUUGCCAGCUCUAAGGCCAAAGAAAGGAGAGGCAGGUGCUUGUGUAGCCCCUCACCCCACUCAGCACUGACAGCCCUACCCAGCCCAGGAUGGAGCCUGGCAGAUGCUUUCCAAGACCUUUUCCUCGUGGCUGCCAGCCCUAGGCCGGCUCCCGUUCCCCCCGGUGAACGCUCCCUGGCAGCGCCGGCGGCUUUUGCCACCUCCAGCUGCCAAACAGCAGCCUGCGGGGCAGGGAGCAGCCCUGGGCCAGAGAGGCCUCUGAGGCCAGCUCAGGGAUGCUCACGCCAGCACAGGAUCCAGGCAGAGAUCCUGGGGGCAGGAAGAGUGUGCCACAGCUGCCCCCCCGGCUCCAGGCCCCUUUUUCCUGUCCCACGUAGGCUGAGGGGGAGUUGGGGGUGGUGAGGGCUCCGCGUUGUCAGCACUCAGGAAUGUGCUCUGGGAGAAUGCUGAAGCCAUAAUCCCCAGCUAUUUCCCUUGGCUGACACCCAGGUACUCAGCUGGCCCACUCCACAGCCGGGCUCAGCCCUGCUGCUCAACCGUGGACGUUCUGAGAAGCAGCCGUCAAGAGGGUCUGAAUGGUUUUACAGCAGUUUUGCUGUGGUUCCGUUUCUAUCUGUAAAUAUUCUAUAGAUAAGAUGCAAAUAAAUAAUUAUAUACAAA